UUUGAAGCAGUUGGGAUCAGCUCAUCUAAGGUUACCCAUAUCAACCAAAAGAGUGCCAUCAACAUGGUAUCCCAUCAAGGCGUCUCCAGUGAUCAACAAAGACAAGUUGGUAGAUGGGAAUUGGACCGAAUGGUGGUAUUUUAUCUUUCUGAUCUUCCUAUUAAUGUAAUCAAGGUUCUAGCCGGGUUUUCUAUUCGCAGAGAAGACUAUUUCCCUGACCAUGCCAUCAUCACUCCCCCAAUUGAGUUGCAACAGAUGAUC